AUGGCCACGGCUGAAGAAAGUGACGUUGCAAUGGCGCACGCAUUGGCGACAGCCACGAACGACAUUAGCGAUCGUACCGAGAUAGUAGCUGCACAUGUCGCAGGCGACAAGCAAGUCGCAGAAGCCGCACAGGCCGUAGGCGACUCUGUCGCUAGCGCCGUGCAUCCCGCCGAGUUCGAUAAGGAGCAAUUCGAUACUGUCAUCCUGCUACAGGCCCUCGCCGUACCUGCUCGGCUGGCGCAACAGACCUCUCGCAUCGUUUACGGUCAUACCUUCGACCGCCCUCGCUUGCGUCACAUCUUGCCUCACCCCAGCGACUCUUCUCUGCGCCUCGUGCUGCUGGAUGACGUCAUCAAGGAAGCCUCAACGGAUCUCCCGCCGUCCGUGCGGCAGCAGCUGCAGCAGGAGGGGCUGUUCCACGUCACCACGUACGAGCAGCGCCUUGACUACUCCUACUGGCCCGCAGACCACGUGUUGCGCAAGCUGCUGCCGCCAGGGGUGGAGGUGCCCACGGCAUUCGAGACUGUCGGCCACAUAGCGCAUGUCAACCUGCGUGACGACCUGCUGCCCUACCGCUUCGUUAUUGGGAAAGUGCUGCUGGAGGGCGUUGGUGCAGUGAGGCCGAGGCCUAAAACACACGGAUGGAUAUGCAUGUGCCUGGCUCAUGAGUUCUUGGACUACACGUGCCAUGCCUCUCCCUCCAUGCCCAUGCCUCACCCCCUUUUGCCCCUUGCAUCCCAACCCCGCAUGCUGCCCCACUCCUGGCAGAAGAACACCCCAUUAAUUCGAACGGUGGUGAACAAGAGCGGAAUAAUCGAAAACGAGUUUCGAGUGCCCACGCUCGAGCUCAUCGCAGGCGAGGGCUCCUCCUCGCACCUCGAGACCUCCGUGAGGCAGCACGGCGCCACCUUCCACCUGGACUACGCGCGCGUGUACUGGAACUCGCGCCUGGAGCACGAGCACAAGCGCCUUGUGGACGCCUUCUUCAAGAGAGGCGACGUGGUGGUUGACAUGUUUGCUGGGGUCGGGCCGUUUGCCGUGCCGGCUGCCAAGGCGGGGUGUGCUGUGCUUGCGAAUGACUUGAAUCCGGCGAGUGUGGAGUAUUUGAGGAGGAAUGUAAGGGUGAAUGGGGUGGAGGGGCGGGUGAAGGCUUAUAACGAGGAUGCGCGGGUGUUUGUGCGAGGGGUUCUGAAGCUGCCGGAACAGGAGGGAGCUGAAAUGGUGGCGAGAGGGGUGGAAGGCUUUUUGGAUGACGGGAAGGCAGGGGAGAAGGUAGGUGAUGGGGAGGCGGGAGGGAAGGGGCAGUUGCAGCAGGAAGAGGGGGAGAAUGGGGAGAGAGAGCAGCAAAGAGCAGCAGCAAGGGGGGUAAAGAGAGAAAGAGGCGAGCAGGGGGAAGGGGAGGGUAUGGAAGUGGAGGGUGUAGAGGGGGAGCAGAGAGUGGCAUUGGGGAGUGCAAGUGCGGGGCAAUGGGAGGCAGAGGCUGGGAGGGAAGCGGCUGAAGGGGUGACAGGGAGCGCAGAAGGACAGGUGGCGAGAGAAGUGGGAGAGAAGGAUGGUGAGGGAAGGGAGGUUGCUGGAGGCGAUGGGGGUUGCGCGACAGCCGGCAGCCGAGAUGGAAGCGAGGAGGGAGUGGGGCGAGGGGCGGGCGAGGGAAUGCAGGGAGCGAACACGCAGGAGGGGAAAGCGGAGGGGGUGGCAGGAGGGAAGCAGGAGGAGCAGAAAGGGGGAAGGACAGGGAGAAAAGGCAAAGGGAAGAAGAAGGGAGGGAAGGGCGAGAGCAAGGACGGGGAGGGCAUUGAUGUGGCAUCAGUGGCGCCGUGGAGGCAUGUGGACCACGUGGUCAUGAACCUGCCUGCUUCUGCCAUCACCUUCCUGGGUACGUCCGUGUCUGUCUGGGUCCGUUUGGGUUCCACCAUUGCGUUCCCCUCCCAUGCCCGCCUGGCAGUGUGUGGUGAGCAAUGGCACCUUAUUGAACGCCCCUCUUUCCAAACCGAUCCCUUACCCACUCCACUCCCCCACGUGACCCCGCCCCGCUGCCCACCCCCCCAUCCCGCCAACCACUCCCUCUUCUCAGACUCCUUCCGCGGCGCCUUCUCCCGCGCCCACUGGGAGGGCCCCCUGCCGCUCGUGCACACCUACUGCUUCCACCGCUCCGGCCACACUGCUGAGGCCGUCAUGCAGGUGGGGGGGAGGAGGCAGCCCUAG